AUGCAAAUAUUUAUUAAAACUCUCACUGGCAAGACCGUUACAAUCGAAUGUGAAUGUUCAUAUACAAUUGAGAAUCUGAAAGCCCAAAUUCAGGAUAAAGAGGGAAUCCCUCCAGAGCAACAAAAACUUAUUUUUAAGGGUCUACACUUAGAGGACGGGCAAACUUUAGCUCAUUACAAUAUCCAGAAAGAAUCCACACUACACGUAAUACUUCGACUACGUGGUGGCGACAUGGGUGUCGAUUUUGUUGAUUUAAGUAAUGGGAGUGGUUUGAAAAGAUUAAAUUGGUCAAUAAGUGCACCAGAAUGGCGUCGAGCUGGUCCAGGACUGUGUUUAGAAGGACAGUGA